UAUCCAGCUAUCUAUCUGUGCAUUGUGGGCGGAGAGAUGAAACAACCUUCUGCACAUUAUGAUAUCAAACUACAAGCUCUGAUCUCAUCUCAGGAAGUAGAGGGGUUCGUCAGAAGAACUGUAGUUCAGAGUUCCAGCAGGACAGAAUGGAGCCCACCUUGCUCUGUGUGUUACUCUUGCUGAAUACACACAUCAACUCUGGACACUGUGAAGAUGAUGAUGCUCUGCCCACGGCCUCAGUGAAGAUAGUCACUCCACAGGGUCUCCUCUACCCUGGAGAGACAGUCACUCUGCAGUGUGACAUAUCAGACAACACAGACUGGACGUACCGCUGGUUCAGAAACAAUGAAGAGCUUCUCAUUAAGACCAGGAAAAACACCCUCUCUCUCCCUGACCAGGCUGGUCAGUACAGUUGUGUUGGGAGGAGGAGAGGUCGGCCCCAGAUGUCAAAUCACAGCUUUUCUCUCCCCAUCAUCGUCACUGCUCUGCCCACGGCCUCAGUGAAGAUAGUCACUCCACAGGCUCUCCUCUACCCUGGAGAGACAGUCACUCUGCAGUGUGACAUAUCAGACUACACAGACUGGAUGUACCACUGGUUCAGAGACAAACAUUACCUUCCCAGUCAGACCAGUAAAGCCAAAGAUAUCACCAUCCCCAUCACUCAGACUGGUCAGGCUGGUCAGUACAGAUGUGAGGGGCUGAGGACAGAUCGGCCACAGAGAUCACAACCCAGUGAUGCCGUCACCAUCAGUGUCACUGCUCUUCCCAAAACUACUCUGACUGUGAGGCCAAACCUUGCAUACACUGGAGAGACAGUUACUCUGAUGUGUUCAGUUGGGUCUGACAGUAGAUGGAACUAUCAGUGGUACAAAGACAGGAAUUAUAAUGUAGUGUCCCAGUCUGUCAGACACACUAUAACAGGAGACACCCUCACCAUCAGUACAGCUGCUGAGUCUGACCAGGGUCUCUACUGGUGUGAAGGGAACAGAGUGUCUAGACCCACAUCUUCACAACCAAGUGAUCCUGUCACUCUCACUGUAAAAGCUCUUCCCAAAACUACUCUGACUGUGAGGCCAAACCUUGCAUACACUGGAGAGACAGUUACUCUGAUGUGUUCAGUUGGGUCUGACCGUAGAUGGAACUAUCAGUGGUACAAAGACAGGAAUUAUAAUGUAGUGUCCCAGUCUGUCAGACACACUAUAACAGGAGACACCCUCACCAUCAGUACAGCUGCUGAGUCUGACCAGGGUCUCUACUGGUGUGAAGGGAACAGAGUGUCUAGACCCACAUCUUCACAACCAGGUGAUCCUGUCACUCUCACUGUAAAAGACUAUCAGCCAAAGACCACACUGACUUCAGACAGAGAGAGUAUAUUCACAGGAGACAGUGUGACACUGAGCUGUACUGUAGAGUCUCCUGGAUGGAAGUUUUACUGGUACAGACACAGACCAGACUCUACACCAGUAACCACAACCUCUGGAUACUCCUACACACUCAGCUGGGUCAGGGUCUCUGAUGGAGGACAGUACUGGUGCAGAGCUGGGAGAGGAGACCCAGUCUACUACACCCUGUACAGUGACCCAGUCCAGAUAAACAUUACUGAGAGGCCUGUUGCUGUUCUGACCCUCCAACCCAACUGGACCCAGAUAUUCAGUGGAGAGACUGUUACUAUGAGAUGUGACAUACAGGGAGGAGGAGACACUGACUGGAACUACAGAUGGUAUAAGAAUAGUCCGGUAGUGAUCUCCUUUAACACAAAGCCUGAGUACAGAAUCAGUCCUGUCUACUGGUAUAACAGUGGUUCAUAUACCUGUGAGGGUGUAAAGGGAAACAAGUUCUCCAAGACCAGUGAAGCUGUAAAACUGACCGUGUCUGAUCAACCUCAACCUGUCCUGAGUAUCUCUCCUCAGUGGCUGAACGCUGGAGACUCCGUGUCUCUGAGCUGUGAAGUUGACAAGACGUCUACAGGCUGGAGGUUCUCCUGGUACAGGACUGUUCCCUACAGAGCUGGGUUACCCUCCCUAUCAGACAAGUCUUACUCUCUACAGCCCCUAUCUGACAAUGUGACUAGUGAAGACUCCUACACUCUGAUCCCUGCUGGUCCUACUCACACAGGAGGAUAUGUGUGUAGAGCUGGGAGAGGAGACCCAGUCUAUGACACACUCUACAGUGAACCUCAGUUUCUCUGGUCAGGAGAUCUGCAGCCUUCAGUGUCUCUUACAGUAAAUCCCAACCCAACUCAACACUUUACAUCAAAGUCUCUCUCACUGAGCUGUGAGCUGAAGGGGAAUUCUACUGGAUGGAGACUGAUGAGCUACAGAGAGAGAAGAGUGAAGUCAGGGUGUGUCUCUAACUGGGGAUCAAUAACAGAAUCCACCUGCACCAUCACAUCAUUGGACACAUGGUACAGUGGGGUGUUCUGGUGUGAGUCUGGAUCAGGAGAGUACAGUAAUGCUGUCAACAUCACAGUAAAUGUCCCUCCAGGUUCCGUUGUCUCCAUCUCUCUGACCAGGCUGCUGUGUGGUCUACUGGUGAUGUCUCCCUUUCUACUGGUGUCCAUCGUGCUGACGGUGAAAUGCUGCAGGGCUCGAGGUUUGUGUUCAACAGUCAAAUCUCCUCAAGACCAGAUACCAUGUGAUGUCAUCGAACAGAACGAAUCCUUAGUGUGAUCAUUACAGUACGAACUGUUUGUGUUCAACAGUCAAAUCUUGUCAAGACCAGAUGGCAUGUGAUGAUGUCAUCGAACAGAACGAAUCAUCCGUGUGAUCAUUACGGUAUGAACUGUAAGCUGAACAACCACUUUUGUGGUUUUUACCAUUUUGUUUUUUGCCAUUGAUAUAUGAUAGUGUUUACUGAGUUUAAUAUCAGUGAAUGGAAUUUCACAAAUGCUGAAUGUUAUGGUUUUGUAAGUUUACAUUCUCAGUUUUUGGUGGCUUGUAAGCUUUUUUUUUUGUUAUUGUUGAUUGAUAUCGAUUUUUCAUGAAAUAUUCCACUUGCCUCUUUAUUUCAGUUCGUUAAUAAAACAAGUGUAGUGCCUUUUUUUGUUUAAAAGUUGAAUUUCCUGCAAUUUUUUUUAUGUGUUGUGUUUUACAUAAUGUCAUGCUUUUUACAUGCAGCUGGAAAUAGUUGAGCCUCAUGCUUUAGAGUAUACAGUACGUGAAUCUUUUCAGUUUUUAAUUUGAAUUUAGAAUACUAAAGAUGUGUUUAUACUUGAUUGGCUGAACCUGCUAUAACAAUUGAGUUGGAACACGUAGAUAUAGUUUUUUAUAAAAAAUGUAUAUUUACAUAAUGCAGCUUUAAUGCUUAUUUAUAUAUUUAAGGUAGACUCAGGGAAAUGACAUUGCCACCAGUAGCAUCGCAGAUAUUGAGAUGAGUGAGAUGCAAGACUUCAGUCACACACAGUAUCUGCGCAUAUGCACGGGUUCACCUCACGCUGUUCAGCGUGUUAGCCACUGGACCAAUACAGCAGAGAAGUUAAACGCUCUUAGUUAUUGUGGAAAUUGAACCACUGUGCACUUUCUGCAUCUACGUCAUAUCGCUGAGUCUCCCUUUAAACUCCACUUACUUUUGACUUGUAUUCUUUUUUAAAUACUGUCUACUAAGUAUUUUGUAAAAAUAAAAAUUAAAAGUUUUUUACAGCAGAUAUACAUUUUCAACAUGUAUUUUGUAAAAUGGUUUCAGUAGUUGUUAAAGGAGCCAGAUGAAUGUUCCACUAUGGAAUUAAAAAUGGAGAAGUUGUGUUAUAUUUUGUAUUAAUUUUCAUAUCUAAUAAAAAGUGGUGAUUCCC